AACGUGAGUUUUUCUGAGUGUUUUUCAGCCGUUUGGCAGAGACAUUAACAUUAAAAUUCUCUGCGUCUGGUGUGAAACACCAAAUAUAUCACACAAACUGCAUUUGAAAUAAGAUAUUUAUUACUGCACCAGGUAUCACAACUGAACAAAGAUGGCAGACAAAAAUUCUGAGCAAAGCAUUAUGGAUAAAUCCAUGAGAUCCGUUUUCGUGGGCAAUAUUCCGUAUGAAGCAACAGAAGAGAAGCUUAAGGAGAUCUUCAGUGAAGUGGGACCGGUCCUAUCGUUAAAGCUUGUAUUUGACCGAGAAAGUGGAAAGCCGAAGGGUUUCGGCUUUUGUGAAUACAAGGAUCAGGAAACUGCCUUGAGUGCAAUGCGCAAUCUAAAUGGUUACGAAAUUGGCGGCCGUACUUUGCGUGUGGAUAAUGCAUGUACGGAAAAGUCACGUAUGGAAAUGCAACAACUAUUGCAAGGUCCGCAAGUUGAAAAUCCCUAUGGCGACCAUUGUGAUCCAGAUCAGGCACCCGAAAUUAUAACCAAAACGGUUGCAUCUUUGCCUCCAGAACAGAUGUACGAACUAAUGAAACAGAUGAAGCUUUGCAUACAAAAUAAUCCUUCUGAAGCACGUCAAAUGUUGAUGUUAAAUCCACAAUUAGCAUAUGCUUUGCUACAAUCCAUGGUCGUUAUGCGAAUUGUUGAUCCACAAACAGCGCUGGGAAUGCUUUUCAAAGCAAAUCAAAUGCCACCGGUUCUUGGUGGAAAUCCUUUGUCAGGUGGUGUACAAUCGCAAAAUAUUCAAUCAAGUAUUAUGCAGCAACCUCAACCACAACAACCAUCUCAACCACCAGCAAUGGUUGGACCACCAAUGCCUGUACCUGGUCCCAAUUUCAGUGCAAUGCAAGGAGGAGAUAUUGAUUUACGUGCCAUAAAUGGUCCUGUAUUAGGUGGACCUGGCGUUAUGGAUCCAAGACAAAUGGACCCACGUAUGGCACGAAAUAUCGAUCAGGAUAUGCGUGCUAUGCCGAAUCCCGUACCGCCACCACUCAUGGAUCCACGUGCACAACGGCAAAUGCCACCACAGCAGGGUAAUCCGCAACCAACAUUCCCAACAGAUCCACGACAGCGUCAAAUCGAUCCACGUCUGCGAGGAAAUGCUGGUGGUCCUGGAGUUCCUGGUCCAACAAUGUCACAGCAGCAGCAAACUGCUCAACAGCAACUACAAAAUCGUUUAGCAUCGAAUUGUGGCAUUCCCAACGAUGCUACCGAUCAGGAGAAAGCUGCUCUUAUCAUGCAGGUCUUACAACUUUCUGAUGACCAGAUUUCGCAAUUGCCGCCAGAGCAACGUGCCAGCAUUUUGGUACUUAAAGAACAGAUCGCUAAGAGUACACAACGUUAAUCUCAAAAAGAAACGAAAUAAUUGCAUACUGACUGGCCACACAAUUUUUAUUUAUGCAGAGGUCUAGUGGAAUUUCGAUUGAUUUUAUUUUAGACAAAAUAAAUGCAACAUGCAAUUUAAAAAUUA